UCAUAUGCAGUCCUUCACUUGGACUAUCUCACCUCAACUGACGCCACCACCCUGUCGCGCAGUGUCGCUACGCCAACGCCAUGGGCAAGUUCCCACGCGAAUGCUUUCACAUUCACACUCAAGGACGGCCACGCGUUGCCUCUGCCUUAUCGCCUCACCCACACUGCAGCCUUGGUGCUAUCAAAACGCGCCCGGCCCACCCCCCGCACAAACAAACACCCGCCUCCGCAGAUAAAUAGAGCGACACCCCGCCCUCACCUUCUCUUAGCCCAACGCUUCUACUCUGCACUCGUUUAAAGCAACUCAAUCUCUGCUCCACCGCCCUUUCCAAGCCACUCAAGCGCUCCCUUCGAUCUUCUUACCCACACUCACUUACCCCAACACCAAAUACCAACAACUGCAAUGGCUAUCUUCAAGAACCUUCUCGCGGCCACCGCGCUCUUCAACGUCGCUCUCUCGAGCACUGAUUUCUCUUCGAAGGUCGGAUCUGUCGUCACGUCCAUCCAGCUCGUGACUUCAGUCACCUUCGUCGACCCAGCCCCGACUUCAUCUAGCACUCACUGCAACAGUUUAACUGUUACCGCGUCUGCGCCGCCUAGCACUGUGACGGUCACUGCACCUCCUGUUGUUAGCGGUACCGGAGUUGAGACGUCGGCCAAGUCUUCUUCUACCAAGGGCGUGACUAUCCAGACAUCCGUCGCUUCAUCUAUGUCCUCAAAGACCGAAAAGCCUCUCCCGUCUGAGAGCUGCAUCAGCGACGUCCACACUGUCACUCAUGGCGGCACUCAUGUUACGACCAUCACUGGCUGCAAGACGCCCCCUGGCUUUGCCAAGCCUCCUCCCACUCUGACCAAGAGCCUCACUUCCACCAAAGAGGUGACUGAGACCGUCGUCUUGCCGUCAUCCAGCGCUGCUACCCCCGAGAUCAGUGUCCCUAUGAUCACUGGAACUUCGGUCAAGCCCUCUCGCCACGUGCCCUCUGGAUUCUCCACGCCCUCACAUUCAUUCCACUUCAACACCACCAUGACUGCGACCGCUACUGGCACCGGUGUCCCUAGCGCUUCCAUGUCAAAGCCCAUCCUUCCUCCUUUCACUGACGCUGCUGAUGCUAGCAACGUGGGCGCUGCCCUUCUGGCUGGUGGUGUCUUGAUGGCUCUCUUUGGCGCCUAAGCGUUUUGAGUUGAUGACUGCAUGGAUUCGGGUUCGGAUUUUUCGGACUGGGAAUUGACUGGACUGAUGAUUGAUGGAUGCGGUUGAUGUAUAGGUUCCGUUCUUUGGAAUUUAGAUGACGGGAAACUACGUGUUUCUCGGUAAUGUACUUCAUGACCUAUUGCGUUUGUUUCUACUGGGUGAGUGCCUAUGUGCUUGUCUAUGACGUCUUAUUCAUCUACAUUUUAGCAAGAUCGUGAUGCAAUAAUGCUGACGCCUUUGCAUGGUUUUCGCGCACUCCACGUUCCAUGAGUGGGUCUAUAUAUUUCUAUAUCUUACUGCUGGUGUCUAUAAUUUUACACAUUUUUUCAACGUGGCAAAAACUCUUUCUCUGGAAGGCAGAAAAGAGAACGAAGGACGUUCUCGUGCAGC